CUGUGUUUUUCAGUUCAUUGCUUUUCUCACACACAUAGCCACAACACAAGAACCAGAACAUAAGACAGUGAGAAACAAAAUGGGAAUUAUUAACUACUACAAUUGUGUAACAUGUGCAGCAACACCAAUUUCACAAGAUUCAUCAUCAUCACCAUUACAACCAAACCCAAGACAAACAAAGGUUAUUCUUCCGAACAAAAAACCCAUGAAAUGGUCUACUGGUAUGGCUCCUGGUGACUACGGUGGUCCUCCAACAACCACCAAGCUUCGUAAGUAUUGGGGUGGUGAAGACCCUGACCCUUUAGCUUCUGAUGAUUAUUUGUGGAACAAAGAUUUUGUUCCUCAUUUUGAAAGGAUGAUUCAUCCACCUGAACAACCUUCUCCUUCAAAGGAAGUGCCUUCUGGGUUUCUAAGCUUAAAUAGAGUCAUGAGCCUCGACAGUAUGGAAGUUGAUUUGAGCAAAGAACUCUCAGCUCCUGUUGUACAGCAGCAAAUAGAGACACCAAUUAUUGCGACAGAAAGUGACAGCAAGAGAGUAAGGUGGAGAUUAGCACCAACACGUCGUGAGCAAGACAAAUGGAAUAGAGCCGCCAAAGCUGCAACUGACGGCAGUGAUGUGAUGCUUCGGGAAUCAAGGAAGUCUCGUGAAAAUCCCGAAGUAUUGGCUGCUCAAUACAGGGAGCAGUAUAUUAAGUUAAAGAAGAGGUUGCAAGCGCUUACAUUGGGUAUAGGUGGUGUUGGUCUUGUUUCAACUUAUGUUUCUUAUUCUCCUGAGAUUGCAGCUAGCUUUGGUGCCGGCUUUCUUGGUUCUUUGGCGUAUAUCCGCAUGCUGGGAAGUAGCAUGGACUCACUAAACCCAAACGGUGCAAGGGCCGCUAUCAAGGGAGCAAUUGGGCAGCCAAGAUUACUGGUUCCUGUUGUAUUGGUUAUGAUUUAUAAUAGAUGGAAUGCGAUUCUUGUUCCAGAAUAUGGAAUUAUGCACUUAGAAUUGAUACCAAUGCUAGUUGGUUUUUUCACAUACAAGAUGGCAACUUUUGCACAAGCUAUAGAGGAGGUGAUUACUGUUGCUUCAAAGAAGGACCUAAAUAUAUCGACCAAGGACUAAAUUUGGGGUUUCUCUUACAUUAAACAUGUAUUGAUAGCAUUCUUUUUCAUAUUAAGAAUCUUAAUUACAACAAGGGACAUAAAAAUUACAUUCAUAUGUUCCUUUUGUAAUAAUGUCUAAAUAUAUCUAGUGUAUUUUUCCUCUUGGAAGUGACAACACAUGUUUAUAAUCUUUUUUACUUUGAUGGACAGUGUCAUGUAUAUUCAUCAUA